AUGGCAAUGGAAAAAUCAAUAGACACUAAUAGUUAUGAAGUACUCCCUCCAGAUGGCUCUCAAAUCCGCCUAGUAACAAUACAUCAAGGAGAGGAAAGCGAAGAUAUUGAAUGCACUCUUGAGAAUUUUCCCUUUAUUGAAAAUAUAGACAGUCAUGAAUACGAAGCUCUCUCAUAUGUAUGGGGCGACGCUACCAGCACAGCUUUUAUCACACUUAACAAGAAACCGUUCCAAGUCACAAGAAACCUUGAGGCUGCCCUGCGUGCAUUACGACUUCGAGACAGAAAGAGGCUUAUUUGGGUAGAUGCGUUAUGUAUCAACCAAGCUAAUGUUCAAGAGCGAAACCAAGAGGUCGGUCGAAUGGGUAAAAUCUAUAGCCAGGCCGGACAUAUCAUUGUGUGGCUAGGUCCAGAUACCUUUAUUCGAGGCCAAUGUGUCUCUAACGACACGAUCGACCUAUUGAACUUACUGGCUGAUACAAAUCCCCAAGAUCCCGAAGCUGCAGCCACGAUAAUGGUUAAAAUGGGUAAUUCACUAUACGGAAUAGAAUUACUGCAUAAGUUUUUCUUCCAGCCAUGGUUCAAUCGCGUUUGGAUAAUUCAAGAAAUUGUGCUGGCAAAGGCUGCGACGGUAGUUUACGGAGACCGGUUGAUAGAUUGGAAGCGAGUUCUAGAAGCCGUAGAUGCUCUGCGUAGACUUCAGCUUGGCCAGCACACUCAUAUUUGGCGGUUGAGCGGCGCAUCGAGAGCGGAUAGUAUACAGAGAUGUUGGAUGCGGAUUCGCACUCCCAGGUCUCAGGACAGACCUCGCCAAUCAAUUCACCUCGAGCUAGCUGAUUUACUCUGGCAAACUCGCUUCUUUGAAAAGACUGAACCCAGGGACAGGUUGUAUGGAGUCCUUGGGAUGUUGAAAGGCGAUGCGCAAAAUGAAAAAUUGCUUGAAGUCGACUAUACAAAACCAGUUGCGGACAUGUUUAGGGACUUGAGUAUUUUCCUGUUUAAGGGAGGUUUGCUAUCCCAUGCUCUCUGUUCUGUCAGCUUCGAAGCUUUCGCCCGGCAUUAUGACUUAUAUGCAAAUACACGAGCUAAAUGGGAUGCAACCACCACCAAACCCACCGCGCUUCUCGGUUGA